AUGACGCCACAAAUAAUUCCGUUUUUCUUUAUGCAUCAAUUCACAUAUGGUUUUCUAGUUAUCUUACUAACUUUACUUUUACUAUCUUAUGCGUUCUUAUCCAUGAUUUUAAGAUUAUAUCUCUCUAGAAUAUAUUUAUCUAAAUGA